AUGGCGCAUUGGGUUGGAGCUGGAGGCGCUCUCGCUCACUCUUCCGGUCAUACAGAUGACCAUGGCCCACACAAAUAUUCAUCGCACAGGGGAGUCAGAUUACCUGUCAUCCUUCAUGAUGACUACUACGAGUACGACUCAGACGAGGCGUCGCUCUACCCGCGUCCGAGGAGUUGGGAUCUCGACCACGACAUAGGAACACCACCAGAUGUGGGCUGGUCACCCAAGCAACCGCAGUUCUUUGUCAUCAGAGAAGGAACACCAGCUUUGAGGGGAGAGCGGGACGAGCAUCGCCACAAUAUCAUCCCGAGCAGCGAUGGCCACCUGUCACCAGACCCCGCCCCGGUGGCCUGUUUCAUGGAACGAACAAAUUCAGGGCGCACCAUCUUGACCGAACCAGAUCUUCAUCCGAGUCUGAUUGAGUGCAAUGACUUCUCGCCCGAAGAAGACAAAGCUGCUGCAGCCCGGGUGAGGCGCUACAUGAACAACCCGCGGCGGGACGUGAAGCGACAUGAGCGCAUACUGCGAAGCCUCAUCCACCCCAAAGACCACAGGGGUGCCGACUUCCCACUUGACGACACCGCUCUCGAGUCCAUCUUCAGCGCUGCAGACGAGCUUUUCUUUCAGGGCCGCUUGUCUCGCCGCGUGCAAUGGGAAUGGUCGUCGAGCGGGCAGGAUGACUAUAGCAGUCGGAUCAUUGGCACGACUGCGCUGCGCGAGGCUCAGCCUCCAUUGACAGGAUACGAGACGCUCAUCGUACUGAGCAGCCCUUUACUCAAAGACACAAGUUACAAUCGCCGACUACUCAUCUCGACGUUCCUGCAUGAGCUCAUUCACUCAUACUUAUUUAUCUGUUGCGGUUUCAAGGCGAGACACUGCGGCGGUCACACCCAGGGAUUCAGAGACAUCGCCGCCGUGAUCGACGAGUGGGCCGGGAGGGGCACACUCAGGCUAUGCGAUAUGGAAGCGGACUUGGCGCACUUUAAGGAGGUGGAAAGAAGCUCGGUUGUCGAGAGCUCCCAACCGAGGUAUUACGACGUCGGCUGCAGCGGAAACUUUGUUGAUGAGCGUAUCGAUACGCCCUGGAGCACCGGCCCCCAAGUUGUUUUUCAUGCCCACGGAAGCCCUGGCAGCAUAGGACCACCGUCGAAUAUAAGCACGCCGCUAUCGUCAACGUCUACGCUGGUCGGUCAAGGUCAAAGAGAGACAUUCAAGACCGAUGAGGCUGUCCCACGUAUGCUGGAGAUGGCCGCUCAUACGUUCGCUGGGUCAGGAACGAGAGGCUAUUACUGA